AUGUCUGAUAUCAAGAAGUACCAGCUUGGAGACUUCACUCUUCAAAACGGUGGCACAUUACCUGGAGCGUGGAUUGCUUAUAAGACAUUCGGCGACUCUUCCCUUCCAGCGGUUGUCUAUCCCACUUGGUACUCAGGUGCUAUCGCAGAUAAUGGAUGGCUCGUUGGGGACGACAAAACCUUGAACCCAUCAAACUAUUUCAUCAUCAUUCCAGCCCUCUUCGGCAACGGACAGUCCAUCAGCCCAUCCAACUCAGAUAUCAAUCCAUUUCCCGACGUGUCCUUUUUCGAUAAUGUGAAGGCUCAAUACGAAUUGGUCACCAAGGAACUUGAGAUCACCCAUCUUAGAGCCGUCCUAGGAUGGUCCAUGGGCGCAGCUCAAUCUUUCCAAUGGGCGACGCAAUAUCCCGACUUCUUGGACAUUGCAGUGCCAUUUUGUGGCGCCGCGAAGUGCGCCCUGCACAAUCAAGUUUUCCUGGAAGGCAUCAAAUCGGCGCUUCUCGCAGCGAAGAAGACAAGCUCAGCCGGCAGCACGCUGGGACGCAUUGCAUCGGCCGAAGACAAGUCUGUCCGGAUCUGGUCAGACGAGGAGAAGCAAGUUGGUCUGAAGGCUUUCGGCCGUGGAUAUGCGGGAUGGGGAUUUUCACAAGCAUUUUACCGACAUGAGCUACACAAGAAGUUUUACGGAGCCAAGGAUCUCGAAGACUUCAUGCAGACAUUUUGGGAGAAGUGGGCUCUUAGCAAGGACCCGGAGAAUUUGCUUGUCAUGAUUCACACGUGGCAGAGUGCCGAUGUGAGCAACCAAGAGCCAUACAAUGGCGACUUCAAGAAGGCCAUGGCGAGCAUCAAGGCCAAGACAUUGGUGCUGCCCUCCAAGACUGACCUCUACUUCCCGCCCGAGGACUCCGAGUACGAGGUCGAGUGUAUGAGCGAAGGUGUUGGCGAAUUGGCUGUCUACCCCUCCAUUUGGGGCCAUUGGGCUGGAGGUCCCCCAGGGAACUUUGAAGAUGCCAAAUGGCUAGACGACAAGUUGAAGAGCAUCUUCGCUACAGCACCAAAGAGGGGGUGA